GGAAAGUGGAGCCCGGCGGGCCGGAGGGAGAAAAGGGCGCAGGAGGGCUGGAGUGUGUCGGCGCGCGGGCAGCCUCAGCGGGCGGCGCGUCCCUGGAGCCCGGAACGGCCGCCGCCGCCCGGCCAGCCCCUCCUCUGGCUCACGGGAGUGCGCCGGGGCCGUCCCGAGCGCCGACACCCCUGGCGUGCGGCCCGCCAGGACCGCGGCGGCCCCGGACCUUGGCUGCGGACGCUGCGGGAGGGAUGGUGGCGGCCCGGCACGCAGCCGCCACCACCUACCCCCACCCCUGCCACGAACGCCGUGAGCCCUUAGCCUGAGCGUGCGGGGCAUGUAGCUGCGGCCCCGGGUCGUAGGCCCCUGCGCUUCGGCCCCGGGACGUUCGCCCCAGUGGAGCCCGCCGCCCGAGCCGUCCCUGAGCCGGGCGCUCACCAUGCCGCGGGCGCCGGCGCCCGCGCCCCUGUACGCCUGCCUGCUCGGCUUUUGCGCGCUCAUACCCGGGCUACCAGGUCUCAACAUAUGCACGAGCGGCAGUGCCACCUCCUGUGAAGAGUGUCUUCUAAUCCACCCAAAAUGUGCCUGGUGUUCCCGGGAGGACUUCGGCAGCGCCCGCUCCAUCACCUCCCGGUGUGACUUGAAGGCCAACCUGAUCGGAAAUGGCUGUGGAGGUGAGAUCGAGAGCCCAGCCAGCAAUACCCAUGUCCUGCGAAGCCUGCCCCUCAGUAGCAAGGGCUCGGGCCCUGUGGGCGCUGACGUCAUCCAGCUGACGCCGCAGGAGGUGGCUGUGAACCUUCGGCCUGGUGACAAGACAACCUUCCAGCUGCAGGUGCGCCAGGUGGAAGACUACCCUGUGGACUUGUACUACCUGAUGGAUCUCUCCCUGUCCAUGAAGGAUGACCUGGACAGCAUCCGAAACCUGGGCACCAAGCUCGCCGAGGAAAUGCGGAAGCUCACCAGCAACUUCCGCCUGGGGUUCGGGUCUUUCGUUGACAAAGACAUCUCCCCUUUCUCCUACACGGCGCCACGGUACCAGACCAAUCCAUGCAUUGGUUACAAGUUGUUUCCCAACUGCGUGCCAUCCUUUGGGUUCCGCCACCUGCUGCCCCUCACCGACAGAGUUGACAGCUUCAAUGAGGAGGUUCGCAAGCAGAGGGUGUCCCGGAACCGCGAUGCCCCUGAGGGCGGCUUUGAUGCUGUGCUCCAGGCUGCUGUCUGCAAGGAGAAGAUUGGCUGGCGGAAGGAUGCGCUGCACCUGCUGGUGUUCACUACGGAUGAUGUGCCGCACAUUGCACUGGAUGGGAAGCUGGGGGGCCUGGUGCAGCCACAUGAUGGCCAGUGCCACUUGAACGAUGCCAACGAGUACACUGCAUCUGAUCAAAUGGACUACCCAUCGCUGGCUUUACUUGGAGAAAAAUUGGCUGAGAACAACAUCAACCUCAUCUUUGCAGUGACAAAGAACCACUAUAUGCUCUACAAGAAUUUUACAGCUCUGAUACCUGGAACCACUGUGGAGAUUCUGCACGGAGACUCCAAAAAUAUUAUCCAGCUCAUUAUCAAUGCGUACAGUAGCAUCCGGUCGAAAGUGGAGCUGUCGGUCUGGGACCAGCCUGAUGACCUCAGUCUCUUCUUCACUGCCACCUGCCAGGACGGCGCAUCCUACCCGGGCCAGAGGAAGUGUGAGGGCCUGAAGAUCGGGGACACGGCGUCAUUUGAGGUGUCGGUGGAGGCCCGCAGCUGCCCUGGCAGACACAUUGAGCAUGCAUUCACUCUGCGACCGGUGGGCUUCCGGGACAGCCUGCAGGUGAGCGUCACCUACAACUGCACAUGCAGCUGCAGCAUGAGGCCAGAGUCUGACAGUGCCAGGUGCAGUGGAAAUGGCACCUAUGUCUGCGGGCUGUGCGAGUGCGACCCUGGCUACCUGGGCAGCCGGUGCGAGUGCCAGGAGGGGGAGAAGCAGAGCGUGUACCAGAACCUGUGCCGCGAAGCGGAGGGCAAGCCACUGUGCAGCGGGCGCGGGGAGUGCAGCUGCAACCAGUGCUCCUGCUUUGAGAGCGAGUUUGGCAAGAUCUACGGGCCAUUCUGCGAGUGUGACAACUUCUCCUGCGCCAGGAACAAGGGCAUCCUCUGCUCAGGCCAUGGCGAAUGUCACUGUGGAGAGUGCAAGUGCCACGCGGGAUAUAUCGGCGACAACUGCAACUGCUCCACGGACAUCAGCACGUGCCGGGCCAAAGAUGGGCAGAUCUGCAGCGAUCGCGGGCACUGCAUCUGCGGGCAGUGCCAGUGCACGGAGCCGGGAGCCUUUGGAGAAAUGUGCGAGAAGUGCCCUACCUGCCCAGACACUUGCAGCACCAAGAGAGAUUGUGUCGAGUGCCUGCUGCUUCACACGGGGAAGGCAGACAACCAGAGCUGCCUCCACCUGUGCAGGGACGAGGUCAUCACCUGGGUGGACAGCAUCGUGAAGGACGACCAGGAGGCUGUGCUCUGCUUCUACAAAACCGCCAAGGACUGCGUCAUGAUGUUCACCUACACGGAGCUGCCCAGCGGGAAGUCCAACCUCACCGUCCUCCGGGAGCCAGAGUGUGGCACGGCCCCAAAUGCCAUGACCAUCCUCCUGGCCGUGGUGGGCAGCAUCCUCCUGGUGGGCAUCGCGCUCUUGGCCAUCUGGAAGCUGCUUGUCACCAUCCACGACCGCAGAGAAUUUGCAAAGUUCCAGAGUGAGCGUUCCAGGGCCCGCUACGAAAUGGCUUCCAACCCUCUGUACAGAAAGCCCAUCUCCACCCACACUGUAGAUUUCACCUUCAACAAGUUCAACAAAUCCUACAACGGCACGGUGGAUUGAUGCUUCCUUCCCCAGAGGACCGAGGGAACUUGUGACAAAGACUGAAGUGCCUUGGGCAGCUGUGCCCCUUGGUGGUAGCUCUCCUGACAGGCCAGCAUGGAGACACCUCUCUGGGGAGUCUGGGUGUGCACAGGACAGACACUGCACGUGCAGGAGAGAACCACCCUGUGCAUAGGACAUCCACUGUGUACACAGAAGAGCACCCACUGUGUACACAGAGGAGCACCCACUAUGUACACAGAAGAGCACCUAUUACAUGCACAGGACACCCACUGUGUGCACAGAAGAGCACCUGCUGUGUGCAGAGGAGGACAGACAUUCACUGUGUGUGCAGGAGGACACCUGGCUGCUGGGCCAGCCCCUCAGCAGGCUACCCCUUCCUCUUCCCAGCAAGAGACCGAAAGGGGGCUUGGAGGCUGUCUGGGUCCCCAGCCACGUGCGCACCUGAGUGCGGCUGCCUCCCCCUGCCGGAGGGGCCCGGCUGCCCACCUGGCAGGCUGGUACGCCGUCGGCAAGGGCAGGAGCCGACGUACAGUCUGACUUGCUCCAUGUUGACCAUUUUUAUAUGAAAUAAAAAGAUGGUGCAUCCACA